CCCUCUGUGCACUCUCCUUCCUCCCCAUCUUCCUCCGCUGACAAUGUCCCCCUACUAGCCACCCCCACUACUGUGCCUCCACUCUCUCUCUCUCUUUCUCUCUCUAACCAUAUCCAUUCUCUCUCUACCUCGCCUCUCCCCCGGCCAUGGCCAACCUCCGCAUCCGCUCGCUCGCCGCCCUGCAAUGCCUGGCGCUGCUGCUGUCCUCGGCAAUCGCCGCCGCCGCCGCCGCCGCCGCGGCCAAGAAGACGUACAUUGUCCACAUGAACCCCCACCACAUGCCCUCCUCCUUCGCCACCCACCGCGACUGGUACGCCUCUAGCCUCCAAUCCCUCUCCUCCUCCUCCGACGCCUCCGCCGCCGCCGCCGACCCGCUCCUCUACACCUACACCGCCGCAUUCCACGGCUUCGCGGCGACCCUCGACUCGGACGAGGCCGACGCGCUCCGGUCGUCCGCCUCCGUCCUCGGCGUCUACGAGGACACCGUCUACGAGCUCCACACCACCCGGACGCCGGCGUUCCUGGGCAUCUCCGGCGACCUCGGGCUGUGGGAUCCGCAGGAGGGCCCCAACGGCGGGAAGAGGCGCGCCUUCGGGGACGUCAUCGUCGGGGUCCUGGACACCGGGGUCUGGCCGGAGUCGAAGAGCUUCGACGACGCCGGGAUGCCCGAGUUGCCGGCCCGGUGGAAGGGCGCGUGCGAAUCGGGCCCGGACUUCAGCGCGAAGUCGUGUAACAAGAAGCUGAUCGGAGCUCGGUUCUUCUCCAAGGGAUUUCGCAUGGCCUCCGGUUCGAGUUUCUUGAAGAACCCGAAGGAAGUGGAGUCGCCGAGAGACCGGGACGGGCACGGGACCCACACGGCCAGCACCGCGGCCGGGUCGCCGGUGGCCAACGCCAGCCUUCUCGGGUACGCCAGCGGGACGGCUCGCGGGAUGGCCGAGCACGCUCGUGUGGCUGCUUACAAGGUCUGCUGGAGCAGUGGCUGCUUCGGGGCGGACAUCCUCGCGGGGAUGGACCGAGCCAUCCUUGAUGGUGUCGAUGUCCUCUCGCUCUCCCUCGGUGGCGGGAUUGCCCCGUAUUACCGCGACACGAUCGCCAUCGGCGCGUUCACUGCCAUGGAGAGGGGCAUUUUUGUUUCUUGCUCGGCUGGAAACAGCGGGCCAGCGAAGGAAUCACUCGCCAAUGUGGCGCCUUGGAUCAUGACUGUUGGUGCCGGAACCCUCGAUCGCGAUUUUCCAGCAUAUGCCUUGUUAGGCAACGGCAAACACUAUGCCGGAGUCUCGCUUUAUUCAGGGCCUGGGAUGGGGCAUAAUCCCGUGCCCGUGAUUUAUAGUAAAGAUUCCAAUAUCUCAGGCCAACUGUGCUUGCCCGGGUCGCUCGACCCCGCCCUCACGCGUGGGAAGGUGGUGCUGUGUGACCGGGGGGUGAAUGCCCGAGUUGAGAAAGGUCAGGUGGUGCGGGACGCGGGCGGAGUGGGGAUGAUACUGGUGAACACGGCCGCGAACGGGGAGGAGCUGGUGGCGGACAGCCACCUGAUCCCGGCGGUCGCAGUUGGGAGGAAAAUGGGGGAUGUGAUAAGGGAGUACGUGAAGAGCGACCGGAGCCCGACUGCGGUGCUCAGCUUCAGAGGGACGGUGGUGAACGUGAGGCCGUCGCCGGUGGUGGCGGCGUUCAGCUCCAGGGGGCCCAACACGGUGACCCAGCAGAUACUGAAGCCGGACGUGAUCGGGCCGGGGGUCAACAUAUUGGCCGGCUGGUCGGAGGCAGCUGGGCCCACAGGGCUGGAGUCCGAUACCCGGAAGACCCUGUUCAAUAUACUGUCAGGUACGUCCAUGUCAUGCCCGCACAUAAGCGGAGUCGCGGCGCUGCUCAAAUCUGCCCACUCAAAUUGGAGCCCAAGCGCAAUCAAAUCCGCUCUCAUGACCACUGCUUACGACCUAGACAAUACCAGGUCCCCCCUCCGGGACGCCGCCGGUGGCACAUUCUCCACUCCAUGGGCUCACGGUUCAGGCCAUGUGGACCCCCAAAAGGCCCUCUCUCCCGGCCUCGUGUAUGACCUCAAGGCUGAAGACUACAUCGCCUUUCUCUGUUCCCUAGACUACACCAUCGACCACGUGAAGACAAUUGUCAAGCGCCCUAACGUCACAUGCUCUCGAAAAUUCUCCGACCCUGGUGAACUCAACUACCCAUCAUUCUCGGUGGUGUUCAAUGACAAGAAGGUGGUGAGAUACACUCGCGAGCUGACCAAUGUGGGGGCCGCAGGGUCCAUGUACAAUGUGUCGGUCACAGGCCCGUCAACAGUCGGGGUGACGGUGAAGCCGAUGAAGCUCAUCUUUCCAAAAGUCGGGGACAAGAUGAGGUACACGGUCACCUUCGUCUCGAAAAAGGGCACGAACCCAACAACAAGGUCGGAGUUCGGCAGCAUUGUUUGGAGCAAUGCUCAAAACAAAGUUAGAAGUCCGGUGGCCUAUGCAUGGACCAAGUUGGUGAGUUGAGCGGUCAAUCUUUCGGGCUUUCGGUGUGGUGUUUCGGCUUUACCCUGGCUGGCUCAGUUACGAGCUGCUACUUGUGAAUUAAGUAGCUUAGCUUUUUUCAGCCAACUAGGGCGGAAUCAAUACAACACUGCAUUGCACGGUGUUGCUAUCGAUCCGGUAAUUCUAUAGUAGGCCUAGAGGAUUGAAGGGAGGAAGAGUGAAACUUGUAAUUUGAUUUUAUGGUAAACGUUGAUGCAACAGAAGGCGUGUGAAGCUGAGGUCUCUGUUUUUAAAACACCUCAGACAAGGAACUAUGGGAGCGACAAGGAAGGUCUUUUUAUAAUGGAAGCACCUCAUGGUAUUGUUUUACUUA